ACUGUAUUUCUCAGUAUUGACGUGUUGUUAGCAGAUGGAGCAGGAGGGCUGAUCUCUGCCAACAGAGGUUAUUCUCACUACGGUUGCCACUUGUUGCCAAAAGCAGCUCGGGGCUUCACCAUUCAGCACCAAAUACAAUUCAAGUAUUAACUCAGCCAUCUAUCGAGACUUAAUAUCUGGAUGUUGAAUGCUGAGCAUUACCGGGACUGAAAGAAGACUCUUGUGAUCCGUUUGAUAAUAUUUCCGCGCAUCUGAUGGAGAGAAGCAUGGUUGAUAACACCAGUAUAGCAACUAAAUCUUUGCAAGGCUCUUUUUCGUCCGCGGGCAGCCUUCCGCUCCAGGCUCCCUCCGCUUCCUCCCACAGCCAGUUCCCCAGCACCCUGUCCCACCAGGCCGGCAGCGGCGGUAUGAAGCUCGAGGCGGUCAUGGAAAACUUGCAGCGGCAACAGGCAGCGCGGCUGGCUCUGGAGGAGAAGCUCCGGCUGGCGGAGAAAGAAAAGGACCUCCGCUCCAUGGUGGAGUCCCAGAUACACCAACAAGCUCUGGUUUUCAGUCACUACCAGGCGGCAAUGCGCGGCGCCCUGGCUGCCGGAGUUGCCAACUCGUCCCCCAGGGUAACGCUGCCUCAUAUGGAGGUCUGUAGAGUUGACGAGGACGGGAACUCCUCCAGACCAGGCAGCGAUAAGGAGCGGGACGAGGAGGGAGAUGAUAUGGAGGAGCAAGAGAUCAUGAAUGAAGAGGAGGAGGACGAGGACGGUGUCGCGUUGAACCACUACAAGCACCGACAGUCCUCGUUCAAGGGAGCCUGUCCCUCUGCGAAGAGCGCCCCUUUGAAUCUCAUGGCCAGAGUCCCAACGGCCUUCGCCCCGGCCCGUCGCGCAGAGUCUCCAUCGGCACAACCCCUGUCCCAGCACCACGAGUGGACAUAUGAGGAGCAGUUCAAACAGUUGUAUGAAUUGGAUGAUGAUGAAAAGCGCAAAGAGUUUCUUGAUGACCUUUUCAGUUUCAUGCAGAAACGGGGGACUCCAGUGAAUCGGAUUCCUAUCAUGGCCAAGCAGGUGUUGGAUCUCUACAUGCUCUACAAGCUUGUCACAGAAAAAGGCGGCUUAGUGGAAGUCAUCAAUAAGAAAAUAUGGCGUGAGAUCACCAAAGGCCUUAACCUCCCUACCUCCAUUACCAGUGCAGCUUUCACUCUCCGAACACAGUAUAUGAAGUACCUCUACCCGUAUGAAUGUGAAAAGCGGGGACUGAGCUCCCCCGGUGAGCUACAGGCAGCAAUCGACAGCAACCGGCGGGAAGGCCGUCGGCAGAGCUAUGGCUCUGCCAUCUUCAACUAUUCUCCUGUGGGCACCCCCACCCUCCUGUCCUCACCAAAGAUACAGAUGCCCCAUCUACCUAUGCUCACUCACAACAGUGGCCAUAUCUCUCAGGUUCCUAUGAUCAAGAAAGAGGAGCCCAUGAUAGCCAGCUGCCUGUCCAGCCGGAUGGCCCUCCCCAUGUCGCCGAGUGGCCAUCACGCAGCAGCUGUGGCUGCCCAGGCUGCAGCAGCUCAGGCAGCAGCAGCUCAGGCAGCAGCAGCUGUGCAGGCAGCAGCUCUGGAGCAGCUCAGAGAGAAACUGGAAAGUGGUGAACCACCAAAGAAGAAGAUGAUGAUGGUGGCAGAGGAGCAGCACAGGAUCAUGCAGCAUGCCCUGCAGCAGAACCUGUUGGCAAUGGCCACCCAGCUGCCCCUCAACAUCAAACUCAACAACAGAGAUGAUAGACAAGAGACCGCAUUGAACCUGUCUACCAACGGCAUUAGCAGCAUCAACAUGUCAAUAGAAAUAAAUGGAGUUGUCUACACAGGCGUCCUAUUUGCUGGGCAGUCGGCCAUAGCAGGGAUGACGGUACACCAUGGGAAACAUAGCAACUGUCAGACUCAGGGAAACUCCAGUCCCACACAGUUCCAGCCAUCCUGCUCCUCUUCCUCGUCCUCCUCCUCUUCCUCACUCCACGGGCACAGAAACUCCUCCCCCUGAGUUUCCUGUGCCUCCUUACCUCCUUACCUACUCCUGCCGCCCAACCAGGGAGGAGAGCAGUUGGAGACAUGAUCAUCAAACAAAUUCCAGUAGCUUUUAAACGUGGCUUUCUCUCCAUCCACUCAAUCAGAUUUCUUGUAGAUCACCUGACAACAGAUUGAAAAGCAGCAAACUUGUAUUUACAGACUAAAUACUUUGGAGAUCUGCCCGUCCCCCUUAUCCCCACUACUCCUGCUCUGAAUUAGUAGUAACUUUGUCUUUCAUGUCCUCUAAGACAUCUGUUCAUUGUGGAACAGUUAAAAAGUAUGGUCGCCCAUCGACCUACGGUGGCCCCUGGAUGAAGCCAAAUGAAGACUCCCUCUUGUACAACGUUACAAUGACAAGAUGAGGCAGCUGAACAGCUAAACUUCAGCAACAAAUAACAGUUGAUGCUUUUAUGUUUUCUGACAAAUUUCAGAAACUCACUGCUUAGAGCUGAUACCAAAGAAGAAAACAAAUCUCUGCUGGUUAAACAUGUCCAGCAUUUACAGUGAGCUUUAGCACAAAUGAUCAAAGAUGAUGAUCAUAGCAAGAAUACAAACAGACAAAGCACAUCUGAUGUGGAAAUCAUGAUGUAUUCUGUAGAAAGGCUGUCUAGACUGUUUUAGCAGUAUGUUCUCAUCAGAUACUUGUGACAAAAUCUAUCAACUACAUCAGAUGUUCCACUGGACAGUUAACAAUGUCUCAACAUAUAGCCAAAAAUAAGGCUAAAAAGAGUGAUGUAUGUGUACAUUCACACAGCAAAAAUGAAGUGGAAGUGAAGCGUCUGCUAUGUGGAUUUCUUUCAAGUGUUUACUAGUCUCUCCUUUUAAACAUAGUCAGAUCAUUCCACAGAAAAUCAGCAGCUGGUUCUCUUGUUAGCUGGCUAACUAGCCAGCAGGCCAAUAGAACCAUGCAAAUAAGGUUAACUCAUAGCUCUAUUCACUAGUAACAAAUAGUGUGUCCCAAAACUAAUAUUAUACAUAUCUUAUCAGGGUCAGAUUAACCUGUCAGGGAGCUCCAGGGCAAAAAUGGGCUGUCAGCCAUAUUGCCCUCUCUCACACACACCCCCAAAACUAGUCAAGCCAGAGUCGCAGAGGCCAACCAGUAUUACACUGGAAUACAACCCUGCCCCAGGUUUGCUGUUUGUCAGUUAAUUUGUGAUAAUUUUAAUUAAACACAUUUGUUUUAGGAUAUGUGCCAUCUAAGCAUAAUAUCAACUGAAAUAUGUAUUAAAACUAAAGACGAGUGACAAAUUAAAGGAAAAACCAACAUAAAGUGUCCUAGUAAUUU